AUGCUAUACGAUCAGAUGUUGCUUCACGUUAAUUCAGAACUGGUGAUGGAUAGGCCAAUUUGUAUCAACUUGGUAUACUUGACCCAGAUACUUGAUCAGAAACUUGACCAGAAACUCAAGAAAAGAGCAAUGUCUCCGUUCUCUCAGCUCCAAGCCACUCUCGGCUACGGCGGAGGCAUCGACAGAAACUCCUCCCCAAUCUUGAACUACAUCGACGAGUUCGACCACCACUUCCCUCGUCACCACCGCUUCCGGAGCCGCGACAUCCCAGACGCAGGCGUGAACGACAGCACCGUUGAGGCCCACGACAACCACACCCUAGACAAGACCUCCCGCCCCGGCCCCGGUUCCGAGAGACAACAGCAACGACAACAAGCAACAGCAACAGCAGCAGCACACUCAAUACCAACCCAUCACCACCUCCUCGCCAACCUACCCACCGCCACCACCGCCACCAUCAAUCCAGCCAAUGCAGCCAACCCCCCCAGCGCAAAGCCAUCCUCCUCACCACCACCGCUGCCGCGGCACCGGCUCCUACAGCAUUCCAGUCCCAGUCCCAACCGCAACCUCAACCACAACACCAGCUCGUCGGCCAGCAGUGGCCACCGCGUCCUGCUUUCGGGGCGGUUCGGAGGGGAGUUCACCCGGACAUUUGCCUUCCCGAGCUCCGUUGUCGAGGAGGGCGUGCAGGCUAGGAUGGAAAAUGGGGUGUUGAGUUUGGUGAUUCCGAAGAGGCAGAUGGGGGGAGAGAGAGGAAAGAGGAAUAUGGGGAGGAAGGUGCCGAUUCUGAGAGGGAGGUGGUGGAGAGAUGGACGUCAGGGUGAGGGUGAGGGUGAGGGUGAGGGUGAGGGUAAGGGCGAGGGCGAGGAGGGGAAGGGGGGGAGGCAGGCUAUUGGAAGAGGGGAGAAUGGGAACGUGCCUGUGCUUGUUUGA